CCAGCGGUGGUUUUCAAAAGCAGCAAGGUUGUUUGCCAAGGACAGACCUAGACCUGUUUGUGGGUAUUUGACCAAGAGGCUAGUAAAGGUGAAAUAACGUAAUUAUUUAAAUUGAGAAAGGACGGGGCUCAACCUAACGCAUAGUACCUAUAAACCUGAAGCAUAGCGACGACUAAACCUAUAGUUCCAACAAAAGCGACAGACAAACCACAUUAUGAGGGAAUCAGUUUUGUUCAGGCGAUCCAUAAAGCUUUUCCGACAGACACAUUGUGAUACCUUUUGUUCACUAACACGAUUCUUAGUACCUUUGAUACAUCCAGUGAGUCAACACUGGAUCUGCCACUACACACACACACACACACACAGGGUGAGAUUUCUAUAAGGAAGACGUGGAUGAGUUUCGGCUAGACUACAGAGGCGUGUCCUGUCGAACUUUGAAACUCAGCGACGCUCCAGUAGGCGUGACCGGUUCCCAGGAACUUUCGUCCGACAGGAGCUGAGCUGCGUUCAGACUCUUCCUGAUUCUCCUAGAAAAUUCUCGAACUUUCUGCGCGGGUAUAAACUAGAAUGGGUCCCAAGCGGAGUGUCGAGUUGAGCUGACAGAACGGUAGCGUUCUUCAACAGUAUGUGUGCAGGUCAGGUUUUCAGACGUUUACUUACCAUUCAAUAGACUGCAAGCGGACCAGCGCAUUUAAAGAGAACAACCCGUCUACCUUGUGUGCAUUUGAUUGACAGUCAGCACAGGCUCAAGCAAGGGAACUUUAAACUAUUUCUCGCAGCUAUUCGGAAUAAACACACAGACAGCUAAAUGGUCAAAAUGGGUAAAGACUACUAUAAUGUCCUGGGCAUACAGAAAGGAGCGACGGAGGACGAGAUCAAGAAGGCUUAUCGUAAGCAGGCUCUGCGUUACCACCCGGAUAAAAACAAGUCUCCUAAAGCCGAGGACAAGUUUAAAGAAAUAGCUGAAGCUUAUGACGUUCUGAGCGACCCAAAGAAAAAGGACAUUUAUGACCGAUUCGGCGAAGAAGGGUUGAAGGGAGGAGGCCCCUCAGGAGGAGGGGGUGUUCCCGGGGGCCCUAGUUUCAGCUACUCCUUCCAAGGCGACCCCCACGCCAUCUUCGCCGAGUUCUUCGGAGGCCGAAGCCCCUUCGACCAGUUCUUCCCCCGAAACGGCGGGGGCCCAGAUGAGGACAACAUGGACACUGACGAUCCCUUCGCCCGUUUCGGGAUGGGCGGCGGCGGCAUGGGGGGGUUCCCCCGUUCCUUCAGCACAGGGAUGGGGGAAGGGGCGAUGGGGGGCCAGAUGGUUGAGAAGCACCAGGACCCCCCCUUGCUCCACGACCUCAGGGUGACCUUAGAGGAGGUGUUCUCAGGCUGCACUAAGAGAAUGAAGAUAUCCCACAAGCGGCUGAACGCAGACAGACGCACCACCCGGACGGAGGACAAGAUCCUGGUGGUGGAGAUAAAGAAGGGAUGGAAGGAGGGGACGAAGGUCACCUUCCCUAAAGAGGGGGACGAGACGCCGACUAACAUCCCGGCAGACGUGGUGUUCGUGGUCAAGGAUAAGCCACACCCGCUGUUCCGGCGAGACGGCUCUGACAUCGUUUACCCCGCCAAGGUCUCCCUCAGAGAGGCGCUGUGCGGCUGCACGGUCAUCGCCCCCACCUUGGACGGCAAGAUGGUAACCGUGACGACAGGGGACGUGGUGUGUCCGGGGAUGAAACGACGCAUCACGGGGGAGGGGCUUCCUCUGCCCAAGAGGCCCGAUCGCCGCGGUGACCUGCUGGUGGAGUACGAGGUGGUGUUUCCGGAGAGGCUGAGUCAGGGUGCCAAGGAGACCGUCGCACAGGUUCUUCCACCCUAGUCCUGAUGGCUAUAAACUAUGAACUUCUUAAGGACAAAACGGACGGCGCCGACGAACAGUGAAAAGCAACAGGUGUCCUCCCUAUCGCCUCUGACCAAAGAACGUUUACCGCCGCCCUUUUCUGUUCAUUUCCAGACCAUUCUGCGUGUUGAAUCGCCAUCGUUCGUCGACACCCAUCGGGUGACCUACUGCGCACGGCCAACUUUCUUCACGGUGUCUCUUGUCCUUUAGUUGAGGAAACUGCCACUUUGGACCUCGUGAAUCCACGUCAGAACCACUAGUGAACUGAGGGAAAACCUGCAAACCCGUAUUCAAAAAGCAUCUUGGAGUAGGCGUGCUGAUCUAGGAUCAGUGUAGCCUUUUAGAUAAUCAUACAUGUGACUACAUGGACAGGGGGCACCUGAUCCCAGAUCAGCACUCCUGCACUGUAGAAUCAGAGACCAUCAAAUACAUGUUGUUUAGCUUCCUUUAGUAUGAGCCUCUUUUUAGCUCUACAAACCUCUCCUCUGGGACCCCCAGACAUUUAACCCAACUUUGUUGUAGCCCUGAACUAGCUCACCUGAUUCACCUGGUCAAGGGCUUGAUGACUGGUUGAUUAUGAGAGAGAGAUUAGGGUGAGAAUGAAUGGAUUCUAUUUGACUCCCUCUCCAAGGCAUUUACUGCCAGAGAGACUGUUGGAGUAAGAGAUCACCUGAUUCACUGAAAACUCCUGUUUUGGGGGAUUAGAUUGCAUUUCUUGGUCGCAUUUCUUUACAGAUGGCAGCUCCUCACGUACCUAUUCUAGGGGUUUAGGUAUCAUGGGUGGGUUUCAUGGCAAUAGAAAGUAUUGCCACUGUUCAAUACCCAUAGUCUGAUAAUACCCAUAGUCAUUGGUUUAGAACAGAAACAAUGCUGUUUGAAUGCAUAGAAAUAUAAUCUAUAGAACGGACCUUCCCAUUCAAGUCAAUGCUGAAUCUGUUUCUAUGCUUGAAUGGUCUUUACUUUUCCAGGAUGCCUACAAUAACAGGGUGGAGGGAAGUGUGAGUGAGAGGUGUGUGUUUCAGCUAGUGUGUAUGAGUUAGCUAACUAGGUGAACGUUUUGUACAGAAAUGCUUGGAAUGUAUGACUUGCUGUAGGAUCUGGGCUUUGUAUGGUGCAACUGUUGGAUUGUGUACUAUCAUGAGAUGGGAUGUUAGCACAGUAACCAUGGGAGAUAUAGGCUUUCAUGUUAUACCCAGAGCAUUCCUCUUUACUCAAUAGUAUACACAUGUAUUGUUGCUACCUGUUGUUGAUGCAGCAAGUGAGAACUGUCCAAAAACUGACAUAAAGCAAUGUUUAUUGAGCAAAGAAUAUAAACUUUUGUUUUGAAAUGAUGCAUUUAAAGGAAAGAUCCCUCACCUCAAUAUAGAGGCCAUUUAUUUCUCCUUCACAACAGGAAGUAGUUUUAUAUUUAAAUCAUGUAGUUUAUAUUUAAGGAAUACCUUUAAGAAAACGUUAACCCUUGACAGCAUCUUCUAAAACUGCAACCAGACUUCGAAUUUCUUAGUUUACUAUACAUUUGCCAUGUAUGUAUUAUAUUUCUUGACAGUUUUCUAUACACAGAAUGUAUGUUCUACGUGAAUAACUUUCAUAGGUAAAUAAAGUGUGUUUUCUAGAUAAA